GUUGUUGGUUACAAGAAUUGAGGUUUAACAAUUUUUGUUACCUAAAUAAAAUAUAUUAAUUAUAAAUCUUAGAGAAAGACUUUUUUUUUCUUGGUAAUUUAAGUGUAAGUGUUUCAGUGAUACUAUGAGUGGCUCGGCUACUAUGAAUGAAUACUCUGUCCAAGCUCUGCAAUUACCUAUUGGAAAUCUCCAACAGGCUGUACCAGUUCAAGUUCCAAUUUCAACGUCAAACGGACAAACAAUAUUGCAAACAAUUCAUCUUCCCUUACAAGCAAUACAAGCGGUGGCUACGGGUCAACAAGUGACAUUGCAGGUUGUUCCAAAUGUUAUCCAGGUUCAAGGAUUACCCACCGGUGUCCAAACCAUUCAAGUGCAAGGUGGAGGUCAACAACAAAUAAUCACAGCAUCUCCUGCUGCUAUUCAAAGUUUAAGUUUAACUUCAGGUGGAAAUUUUGUUGCCACAGUGCCUGGCUCAGGUGGCCAACAGUGUUCACCACAGAUCCAACAAGUUCCAAAUGACCCAUCUAAAUGGCAGAUCAUAUCAGCACCUCCCACAGCCAUCCAACCUGCAUCUUCAGGAGCAACUCCCGCCUCAUUUUCAAAUACCUCUGGUAGUGAAACAACUUCAACUCCAGCCCAAGAAACUGCAACAGGAACUGGAGCAACGGGAACUGGACGUAAAAUGCGUCGAGUUGCCUGUACAUGUCCAAAUUGUCGAGACGGAGAGGGUAGAAAUAGUGAGACAAAAAAGAAGCAACAUAUAUGUCAUAUUCCUGGUUGUAAUAAGGUUUAUGGAAAAACAUCUCAUCUUCGAGCUCAUCUUCGUUGGCACACUGGUGAAAGGCCUUUUGUAUGCAACUGGUUAUUUUGUGGUAAAAGGUUUACUCGUUCUGAUGAAUUACAGAGACACAGAAGAACACAUACAGGUGAAAAACGGUUCCAAUGUGCCGAGUGCUUAAAACGUUUUAUGAGAAGUGAUCAUCUAUCCAAGCAUCUUAAAACUCAUCAAGCGAAGAAAGUAAAUCAACAAAACCAAAGUGACGCAGAAACUGUUAAUGCUGGUACAAUAACAGUCGCUACUAAAAACGAAAGAACUGUUGACUCUGAUCAGACUGAGUUGGCUAUAAAUGAGAAUGUUGGUGAUGGUAAUUAAUCAAUUCUUCAAUAUAACAAAUCGACUAAAAAAAAAACAAAAAACAAGAAAUGAGAAAAAACCAAAUCAACUAGCCUUUAUAUAAUUAAUUUUAACAACAACAACAACAACAACAAUGUCACACUAAAUUAAAACAAAUAUGGAGCAUGAGGAAGAGAAAAAGAGAUUGUAUUUAACUAUAUAUUCGUUUUAUUAUUAUUAUUAUAUUAAAUAAACAAAGAUAAUUUUUCUGCUAUUUUGUUAA